AGCAUUUAUUUUAUAAAAAAAAGUAAAUGUCCGUAUUCAAAAGUGUUUUUUAUAUAUACACAAAAAUCCCAAACUACCCAUUCAUUCAAUCUUCAUCUCCAUUUCUCACACUAAUAGGUUAAGAAGGAAAAAUGGCGCAAAAGUUGGAAGCUCAAGGUGGUCGUGGAGGAGAGCUAUGGGACGAUGGUGGUGUUUACGAUAACGUCAAGAAAGUGUAUGUUGGUCAAGGUGAUUCUGGUGUGGUUUACGUCAAGUUUGACUACGAAAAAGACGGAAAUAUCGUAUCACGCGAACAUGGGAAGAAGUCGCUUCUUGGAACAGAGGAGUUUGAGCUUGAUCCAGAAGAUUACAUCACAUCAGUGAAAAUUUCUUACGAGAAACUCUUUGGAACACCAACAGAGAUCAUCACGGCUCUUGUCUUCAAGACAUUCAAAGGCAAAACUUCUCAGCCGUUUGGAAUGGUCUCUGGUCAAGAAUUUGAGCUAGGAGGCGGAAAAAUCGUUGGAUUCCAUGGAAGUGCGAGUGAUGUUAUUCAUUCUCUAGGAGCCUAUAUAGCUUCGUCAACCACGCCGGUGACUCCGCCGGAGUCAGGUGGUACGACCAAGUUGGAAGCUCAAGGUGGUCGUGGAGGAGAGAUUUGGGACGAUGGUGGUGCUUUUGAGAAUGUCAAGAAAGUGUAUGUUGGACAAGGUGACUCUGGUGUGGUUUAUGUCAAGUUUGAUUACGAAAAAGAUGGAAAAAUUGUAUCACGUGAACAUGGGAAGAAGACAUUACUUGGAACAGAGGAGUUUGAGCUUGAUUCAGAUGAUUACAUCACAUCUGUGAAAGUUUACUACGAGAAACUCUUUGGAACGCCAACAGAGAUCAUCACGGCUCUUAUCUUCAAGACAUUCAAGGGAAAGACUUCUCAACCGUUUGGAAUGACCUCUGGUGAAGAAACUGAGCUAGGAGUCGGAAAAAUCGUUGGAUUCCAUGGAACUGCGAGUGAUGUGAUCCACUCUCUUGGAGCUUAUAUUGUCUCAUCGUCCACACCAGUGACUCCUUCCAAUACUAUUCCAGCACAAGGAGGAGACGCAGGAGUUGCUUGGGAUGAUGGUGUUCACGACGGUGUGAAGAAGAUAUAUGUAGGACAAGGUGACUCUAGUGUGACUUAUUUCAAAGCUGAGUAUGAAAAGGCUUCAAAGCCUGUCAUUGGAAGCGAUCACGGGAAGAAGUCAUUGCUUGGAGCAGAGGAGUUUGUGCUUGAAGCUGGUGAGUAUGUCACGGCCGUGACGGGCUACUAUGACAAGAUUUACGGCGUAGAUGCACCGGCAAUUAUCUCGCUCCAGUUCACAACAAACAAGAAAACGUCUAUUCCGUAUGGAAUGGAGUCAGGAACUAAAUUCGUUUUGGAGAAGAAAGACCACAAGAUCGUUGGGUUCUAUGGACAAGCUGGUGAGUUUCUUUACAAAAUCGGAGUCAAAGUGGCGCCCAUAGCCAACUGAUGCAGAAACAAUCUGAUAUGCCACGAGAGUUUGAAUAAGAUUUAUCCUGUGAGUUUAUGGAGUUGUAUGGUCUAUUGUUGUUUUUGGUUUGUCUCAAGGGUAAUAAUGUAAUGUAUGUGUGUUGUUCCUUGUUUAUCUAAAUAAAGGGUGCUUUUUCAUUCUGA